AGAGAGCCAACAUUCUCAAAGAGGUACAGAUCAUGCGCAAUCUAAAGCAUCCUGGCAUUGUGCAGCUAAUGGAGUUUAGUGAAAGCAGGGAUCACUACUUCUUGGUGCUGGAGCUUUUGGAAGGAGGCGAGCUCUUCCACCAGAUUGUCAAGUUGACGUACUUCAGCGAGUCAUUGGCAAGACACGUCAUUCUGCAAGUGGCACACGGCAUUAGGUAUCUGCACGAAGAGCGCGGAGUGGUGCACAGAGACAUCAAGCCGGAGAACCUGCUCUUCGAAUCGAUCAACAUCAUUCCCUCCAAACAGAACAAGGCCAGACCUUAUGACGAGGAAAAGGAAGACGAGGGCGAAUUCAUGCCUGGCAUUGGCGGCGGUGGCAUCGGUCGGGUGAAGAUUGCCGACUUUGGAUUGAGCAAGGUGGUGUGGGAGGAGAGCACCAUGACGCCUUGCGGCACCGUUGGUUACACCGCCCCAGAAAUUGUCAAAGACGAGCGUUACAGCAAGAGCGUCGACAUGUGGGCACUUGGCUGCGUGCUGUACACCUUGCUUUGCGGCUUUCCACCUUUCUACGACGAGUCGAUCAGCGUCCUGACAGAGAAGGUGGCAAAGGGCUACUACACAUUUCUCUCUCCCUGGUGGGACGACAUCAGCGAUUCGUCCAAGGAUCUGAUCACCCAUCUGCUCUGCGUGGACUCCAGCAAGCGCUACACCAUCGACGAAUUCUUGGCGCACCCCUGGUGCAACGUGCGAGAGACGUUGCCAGCCCUUAACAGUGCCGACAUUCAACUAGCGAAGGAAAGCGAAAUGCCUUUGGACUCGCCGCUGCUCACCAGCAUGAAGCAGCGCCGAGCGGCCAUGAUGUCGCCAGGCAUCAACCAGCUCAAGGAGGCCUUCGACGUGACGUACGCGGUGCACCGCAUGGAAGAGGAGGGUGCGAGGAAACGGGGAGGCGCAGGUCAGGCUCCGCUCAACGGUCUCAACGAAGAGGACGAAGACGACGAUGCGGAGCAGGUGAGAUCACACCAUGGCGAUGCCGCGGCGCAAGCAGUUGAGCAGAGACGCCGCCAGAAGGAGCAGGAACAGCGCGCUCGACAACAAGCGGAGCAAAAUAGCCAAAACAAGCAGCAACAACAAUCGCAGCAGCAAGCAGCGCAGCACUACCAAGGCCGGGGAGGUGCGGAUCGCAAAUUGGCGGAAGCGGCCUUGUAUGACGGCCGCGCUGGUACAAGAGAUCGAGGCUCUAACCGAAGGAAGAAUUUUGAACUCAACAUCGGCAAUGCGACCUUGCUGGGCAGGAGGAAUAAGGGCCCUCUUGGCGAACAGCCCAGCAUUCACGCUCAAAUGUUCGAAUCCAACCACCCGCACAACGCAGUGGACGGUGCGGGAAAGGCGGCUUUGGUGCCUGGCAGUCCCAUGCACAUCGAUCAAUGAUCCUGUCCUCGCGCGGGCAGCGAAUGAAAGCCCACUGCACACUUGCCAACCCCUUUCCACUCCGUGACUUUCCCGUUUCGCCACCAUCCUAAUGUAUCAAUCUCAACUCGCUCGGCCUCCAAAUGCCCCUUGUCAAGCCUCACGGUCUUGAACAAGCCAUGCACAACACACAUAUACGCGCGUCUCAAACAUUUGGACCAGCUCUCUCCAGUUUCUUCAUUUUGACAUUGCGACAUUGCGAGGACAUUGUUCACAUUGUGCGCCCACCCCCACUUCCACUCGACUCGACAUUCCAGCCGCGUUGUGAUCUGAUCUAAUAAAACGCGUGCUACUAGAACAUUUCGUUCGAGUGAAUAUUCGGUGUGUGGGCAAAGAGCGUUUCGCGCAAGAUACAAUGUACUGGCCAAUACAAUGUAAAUGCUAACACCAG